AUGUCACAUUCAUCCACUGGUGGCAGAGCUAUGCGUCGUUGUGUAGAUUCUUCACUUCCUAGCAAAGAUAAGGCAGCUGCUCUGUUCGACUCCGUAUUUGCCAAUCAACCAAAGCCGUCUACUUCGCUGAACAGAUCUGAUUGUCAACGACCAUCUGGGUUCACUUCUUUGAAAUGUGAUCAAACGCAGAGUAAGAAGGGCGCAUCAAAUCUACCGUGUGCUCCGUUUCAUUCAUCUACUGUUGCCAUUCCACAUUUUGCUGAAUCUAGCAAAAGCGACAUGGAUGCAAGUAAUGGUGAUAAGAUAAUAGGACGUCGUUCGUCUACGCAUUUACCGAGUGUUGCUAUAUCGCAGUCAACAUCAUUUAUCAAAAAGUCUAUUGGAUCAGAAGGAAUUCGAGAAAAAACUGAAACUUUUGUGAGUGAAUCAAAAAGUAAACGUACAGAUAUCUUUUCUUUUGAGAUGGAGGAGGAGGAAGAUAAUGAUGAUGCAAAAGACACUAAUAAAAUGGGGCCUCAGGCGAAGCGUUUGAAACCAGAAGAAGAAUGUAUAGGUGCACAAGAAGUAAAAAAUUCCGGAAGUAGUCAUGCGCUGGCUGUCAAAGCUUCAUACAGGCACAAGUGGUUGUUGGACGAUGAUGAAGAUAAAGACGAUUUUGCAUCACAUGUAAAACGAAAGGAUGCAGAUAAUGACGCGAGUGUUGCGAUAAUUCAGAACACUGUAUCAAACGUAUCAAACCAGGCAGAGAGGAGUGCUCUUGGUCGUAUUUGGAUCCCAGAUGUUAAAGAAGCACAUGAGUGCUUAAAAUCUGGUGAAGAAGAUGAUUUUGUUCAAGAUGUAAAUUAUAUUUUUGGUACUCUCUUAGACCCGUCAUCAUCAAACAAAUUGAAGUGUCUAAGUGUCAUUACUCUACUCAAGAAGUGCGUUUCGUCUGAGUUCCGGGGGUUUUUUCGCUCUAAUAAUUUGCUUAAUCGUACGCUCAAAGCAAUUCCAGAUCUAUCAAAAAUACCGGGCUUGGCACUAUGCAUUUCGGCAGUCGUUUAUUUGCUUUCUCGAGAUAGCACUUCCGUAUUUGUAGACGAACCAUCUCUACGUUUGUUCAGUCAGCUCUUGAAAAUGGAGCAACAAAAUUUACCUGUUGAAUCUAUCGGUUAUCCGAAACUAAUAAUGGAUACUCUAAAAGAUUGGUUGAAUAAAUCUUUUUCAAAUGUAGACGCAAUAAAAGUUCAAUUCGACAUCACAGAGGAAACUUUGACUCCCUCAUUUUUAAUUCUGGAAUCACUUGUUUACAUAUGUGCUCGGAAACAUCGGGAACAUUUGGUUCAAAAUGAACUUUUAAAUGUAGGCAUCUUACAAUGGAUCGUUUAUAAAAUUGAUAAAAUGGUGCUACGUUUAUCAUAUGAGAAAAUAUCGGAGAAGGAAAUGCUUUUAUGUUUGAAAGUACUUGAACGAUGUUUUAGAGUACUGGAAUCGGCUACAGUCUGUAAUGAGAAGAAUGGAGCAUAUCUAAUCAGUCAUCGUGGUAGCUCUCUCGUACAUUCUUGUGGAAGGCUUAUAGUGUUGUUGUAUCAUGGAUUAGAACGUUUAGGAGAUAGUGCAGAUGAAUUAAAGGAGCAAAAUAUUACAUGCUUAAAUCGAAUGGUUGGAGUAUUGAUGAGUUUAUCGUACGAGAAUGAAACCGAAAUUGCAGAACUAUGUAGCUCGAAACUUGGCCAAAUAAAUGAUUUUCUUUUACUCUGCGUUUCCUGCUUCACCUGCUUGGUGCCAAAAUAUGUUCGUAAAGAGAAGCAAUUUGAUCUCAUUGUAAUGCUUUGUAGUCUGUUAGUCAAUCUUCUUGAGCGAUGUAAUUCCAAUAGACGGAAGGUUAUUGCGCUGACAGUUCCAGUUUAUGAUUCUGUGUGUCAAAUCGAGAAACAGGAGCCAACACUGAAAGCCCUUUCACAGCUUUUUGCUCAUCAUGAAUCUUUGGCACGUUCAAUCGAUGAGGAAUUAGAUAACGAUCUCGUAAUUGAAGAUGCGCCUACUGAUGAUACUGAUGAAGGAGCAAGAGAGGAUGCUGUAAGUGAUGGGCGUUUGCAUCGACUUCCUGCAGAAUUAUCGGAAGAUGAAAUGGUGGAGACUGUUCAGAAUGCGAUGAAUAAGGCUAGUACACAUAUGGAAGAUUCGGUUCUAGCAUCAUAUUUUGCACUUUUAAUCGGAUGUUUGCUUCUACAAAAUGAGGAGUGGGUGGACACUGUAAAAACUGAAAUGAAAAAUGGAAAGUUAAUUCCGCUCAUCGAACAGCUUCAGCGUUUUUUAGAUUUCAUUAAAUUGACAGAUGGAAAGAAAUCACACGUCCGUUUCAUGGAACGCAUUAUUGAUUUGUUAGAUACAUUGGACAAUUAA